AUGCUGGAGGAGACGAAGCGGCUGACAUUGGAGGCAUUGCCCGACAUUCACAAAAUGCUACGCCGUGAGAUCUCGUUCAUCACCUCCGAGUAUCAGCAUCGUGGCAUUGGGGCCCUCAUGCUCCAUCACAAACUCGACUUCAAGCAGCUCAAGGCAGAUGGAGUGCAGGGUAUCGUCUCGGAGGCGACAUCAAAGGCCAAUCAGCAUCUUCUCUCUUCAAGGGGAUACAAGAAAGUGGCACAACUACCCGAUAGCGUCUACAAGCAGCUGUUCAUCCAUUUGCACGACGGAACGCGGAAUAUCGAGGCGUUCUUCUAUGAUUUGCGA